AGGUAUUGAGGGUGAUUUAUCUCUUGCAUCAUGCGUGAAUACAAGCUAGUGGUUCUUGGUUCUGGAGGUGUUGGAAAGUCUGCUCUGACUGUACAGUUUGUUCAAGGAAUAUUUGUUGAAAAAUACGAUCCUACGAUAGAAGACUCCUACAGAAAGCAAGUUGAAGUAGAUGCACAGCAGUGUAUGCUUGAAAUCUUAGAUACUGCAGGAACGGAACAGUUUACAGCGAUGAGAGAUCUGUACAUGAAAAAUGGACAAGGCUUUGCAUUAGUAUAUUCCAUCACAGCUCAGUCCACAUUUAAUGAUUUACAGGAUCUAAGAGAACAGAUUCUUCGAGUCAAAGACACUGAUGAUGUGCCUAUGAUUCUGGUUGGCAAUAAGUGUGACUUGGAAGAUGAAAGAGUUGUGGGAAAGGAGCAAGGUCAGAACCUAGCAAGGCAAUGGAAUAACUGUGCAUUCUUAGAGUCUUCUGCAAAAUCAAAGAUAAAUGUUAACGAGAUCUUUUAUGACCUUGUGCGACAAAUUAACAGAAAAACUCCGGUGCCUGGAAAAGCACGCAAAAAGUCAUCAUGCCAGCUACUUUAAUGCAUAGCUGUACUGUAGCUCUGAGCCAGGUCUGAAGAACUGUUGCCCAAUUCAACAGUGCCAGCAUUCCAACUUUAUUAAACCUACCAACAUCUUAAAUGGACUUUCCUGUGGUGGUACCCUUUAAGAAACGGAUGAAAGCUACAUCAGUUUGCACAUUCUAUCACUUUCCAGUGUCAUGAGAGAUUUUUACUUCUAAAUAUUCUGUGUAUGCAACUGGUAAAACCAGAGCCUACAUCCAGUAUUACUGAUAAGAGACAUUGUUCAUCCACCAAUGUUGUACAUGUAUGAAAACUGUGUACUGUAUACUUCAGCAAUCCCCACUUUCUAUUGGAGAGUACAAUAAUGUAAAUCCUAAAAGCACCACUAUUUUAGCAUAAUAAAAGAAAGUCCAAAGAGCUCCUAUAUAGACUACUCCAGAUAACUUUGCUUCAUCGGUAUUUGUAGCUUAUUGUAACUUUUUUAAAGAAGUACAGGAUCAUCAUCAUCAUCAUCGUAUUGUACAAAAGCGCUUUGAUUAACACAACGGCUAUAUAGUUUUUUAAUUUUAGGAAAAACCUGUGGAGACAGUGACCUAGUCUUUAAGAGUCCUUUCAGUAUAACGUCUGACUAAAGACAUGGCCUUUAAUAUCUGUUGGGAAGGAAAUGUCCAGACUUUUCAACCUUUUAUUGUAUGUUUCCUUUUCCUUGUUUACAUAGGGAACAAUGUUUAUAGUUGUGUGUACAGUGGGGGUCUACAACAAGAAGUGUAUAUUUUAAAACAAUUUUUUAAUGAUUUAACAAUUUUUUGUAAAUCAUUUUUCGGGCUUCUGCAGCUGUAGAUUCUCACUGUGAAUUCCCUUGCUUGCUCAUGCAUAAGUGUAUUUGCAAUACCAAAUAUACAGGUUUAGUACUUUUGCCUGUUAGUGAUUGUUUUACAUGUGUAACGUUUUGGUUGAGAUGUUAAAUGGUGGAAGAGUACUGUGGAUGUGAAUGUGGGAAGUAAUUUUAAUCAUGUGUAAUUGGUCACAGGGCCUAAGUUGCAGUAAUUAACUUUUGCUGAUUUAUUUAACAAUGCCUUGUUGCUUUGUAUGCAUUAACGUUUGGGUGUAAAGAUUGUGUGUAUAUCCAACAGGGAGCCACAGUAUUUAAAUUGACCAACCUAAUGUUACAACUGCUUUGAGGUGGCCAAAUGUAAACUAAAAGCCUUAAUUAAAGUGGUGCAAUUUUGUAUGACUUAGCAUCAGUAGUUCAAUAAAUUUGGAUUGCCAUGCAAGGGCUUGCAUUACAGUUAUACUACUUGAAUGUUUUGUGUUUUAGUAGUGCUAGUAAAUAUUGAUUUUUAAAUUUCUUGCACAGUGCAGAUUCAUGCAUCUUAGGAUGAAGAGGAACCCCUAUGUCUUUGUCUUCUGACAAAUACAUGCCAUAGAUAUUUCUUCUAAUAGUAUCCCAUGUGUUAGUGUGAAUGAAUUUCUGACUGAAUGAAAUUCCAUUUAUGGACUUGGAAUAUUCCAAGCUUUAGCAAAAGGAAAAGUCUAACAGAAAAAUACCUGUCAUCAAAGGUUACACUCUCAGUGGCUGUUUUGGAAACUUGAAAAUAUGUUGCCUGCUAUUUUCCUUUCUUUCCAGGGAGAAUUAAUUGUUAAAAUUUACUUAGUCUAGCAAAAAAAAUUAUCUUGGGAGACAGAAUGAUUUUUCUGCAUGAUUUUUGCAUGAACCAAACUUUAUUUGUUUGGUUUUAAGGAAAUCUUCAGAAGAGCAUUCUUGCAGUAUUGACUGUAGAAUUUUGCAGACUUGAAAUACCUAUUAAUAGUGUUGGACUAAAAAGUGGAAUGCAUCGACUGUAGUUCCUGAUCUUGGCUGUGCUGCUGAAAAUUAAUGUCACACCCAAAUACUUGGUACCUGCUAUUUCUCUGGCACAGAAUUAUCAGAGAGCUUGUUCAAAUUCAUUCCUGAAAAUUCAAUCAGAUUAGGUUAGCUAAUACUGGUAAGCUUUGAGAUAGUUUAUGUUGCCCAAAAUGAAUUAAGGAGUCCAGCUGAUCCUUCCUGCUGGUAGUUUCAUCAGUCAUCAUCAUUGUUUAAUGGAGAUAAUACACUUCUACUGUGCAGAGCCAGAUUUAAGAUUGAAAUUCUUUUUCAUUUUUCAUUAAAAACUGUAAGAUGUGAUGAUUCCCAUCAUGCUUGGUCCCCAGAGUAGAGGAGAUUGGAGCACUAGAUGCCCUAGUUCUUUUUUUACUAGGUAUCUACCUUCUUUGGUGAGCUAAUCAGAAUUUUUCUUCCCUUCAUUUCCAAACUCUGCUUUUUCAGGUCUUGUAACACUUAUAUGUCCUGGCUGUCCUUUUAUUGGUCUUUUUAAUGUGUUUCUUUUCCAGACAGCUGUACAGAUGGCAUUG